AAUAAAUACCUAUCGAACGACAAAUCUGCACGUGGCAUCGUUUAUCGUGCCAAGAUCUAACUGUAGGUGAUCCAAGUGACGCUUCGUUUAGUGCCAUUAAGCCGUUCACCUCGGUUUUAAUGAAGAUCGACUAUGAGAGGGAUAAAAUUACGAUAUGUGUGGUCUCAAAUGGACAAUUUAAACUUAAGAAGACAUUCUUAAGCGAGAUUAUCCUUCAAAAAUAUUAAAAAAUAAUAAAAAAAAAAAAAAGAAGGUGAGAGGGGAAAGUGGUUAUCCUUUGAAAGAUAUGACGAACCCGAACACGAUACACAGAUUAAGGGUCGACAAAAAAACAUCGUCGAAUCAUUCCGCAGUUUCCGAUCGUUCUGUCGUAUUACUUCCGUACUACGAAGAUCAAGGAAGUGGUGGAAGCGGUCGUGAGAUGUUAACCACCAACGGACAGAACGAAGAAGAUUAUAAAAGGCGAGUUACGAGACAGAACGAUAAAAUACGUGGCAGUAACGAUUGUCAAGAAUACAGAGAUUUCCACGAAAUGAGCCUAAAUCAAAAGACAUUUGACGAAGUUAUCGGUAGGAUUGAUUUGAAAUCAUUCAGAGAAAUCGAUUCGAGUUACGAGAGAAUCGCGGAUUUGCAAGAUUACAUUCAAGAGGAUAGAUCAACGGAUCCAAUGGUCAACGCGUUGGACGUUUUAUUGGAACGAAGGAAUUCAUUAAAUAACGAUAAUUACGAUCAAAAUUCUUCAGACGCGUCGGAUCUUGUCGAACGCGGAUCGAUCAAGUAUAAAUUCAAUCGUAAUUGUCCGUACUCGAAGAAUUCUAUCAAUUGGUCAGGGAGAAAUCAAUCAGUUAACAUGAGUUUUACGCGUAAACAAGAGAAAAUAGAAAAAUCAAUGGUAGAAUCUAAAGAGGGAUUAACCAACGGUGGAAUAUGUUCUGUAUUUGAUAAUAAUUGGCAGAGUAAAACCAACGGUGACCAAUCGAGCGUAGUUUUAAAGGAAAAUAAUUCGAUGCAAAUGACUACAACGUCCAUCCCAUCGAUCGUCGUAAACGACCACGGAGAAAACACGGUAUUGACGAUUCUCGGGAAAGGGGCCGAUCACGGGGCCCAGGUGUUUUCGGAUGCCAGCAACAGUUCUAUCAUUUCUCAAGCUACGAGAACUUGGCCAGAUUCUCCUUUAAGUUGUUACAACAAUAUAGGAAUUUCUCGACCAAACAGCAGAUGCUCUAGUUGUACACAACCAUCAGCUUCUGGAAUGCAAUUCGAAUCUCAGCUGAUGCCGUCCAACAUUUCUGGAAGUCCCAUUGGCUCGCCACAGAUUCCUACAACGUAUACACAGAUGCAAGGUCAAUCGUCGCCUUCUUCCUCAAACCAAUCUUACGGUGAUAUACCUAGCCCAUUAAACUAUCAAAAACCAGUUAAUCGGCGAAUAGAGGAACGGCUUCACAAAGAUCUCGCGUGUUUUUCCAUUUGGGGUACUUUCCUCGAUGAUCAAGGAAAUAUCAACGAAACUGUUCCUACCUUCGACAGCAACGAAUUACAAUUGUUGGACGAGGUUCUCAGAAGCCAAGGUAGUCAAUGCGAAAGAAACGAAGAAGCCCAAGUUGUACCAAGGUCUGAAGAUUAUUCUAGCAGCUACGACAAUCGACCAUCUAGUGUACGAACUUUUGAAAAUGAACUCGAACGAAUGUCAUCCGGUAGAAACGAUGCGCAAACCUUCCCGUCCACGUCUUCCUCCCUUUACGGAGAACAAAGUACUAGCUUUUCCAAUUACUCAUCUAGUCCAAAUGAUCUCCCAUAUACCUACGUUGCUACACAAAAUCCUGUUAACAGUGUUUACGGUGAAAGUCAAACUCAAGUUUCGAACUUUUACGAUUACAAUGACGUAUGGAAUACCGGAAACGAUAUGAGAUACGGGAAUUCAAAUGGUUUGCAAUCUGACACGGAAUUUAUUAAUCUCAAACAAGAUACCAACGUAACAUAUGCCAACAGACAAAAUUCAUCUAACGUAACAAAUUCGUGUUCGUUGCCGACGUCUUUUCAAUCAUUUGCAACCUUAUCUUCCAUGUCAAAUAAUAUUGCUGAGAACAGGAGAAGACGUUGCACGAGUACCUCGGGUAUCUCUUGUCCCGAUACCUCCUUCAACGAUUUCCAAAUACCAGAGAUGGUGUCUUCCUUCAAACCUAAUCGAUCGCAUAGGUCUAAUGAAAGGUCCAUCAAGCCAUGGCCAUCGUUAAAUUUACCAAGCACUGGUGCCAGCAAGAGACUUCAAGAAGAACUCAAACCAAAAGAUGUGGAAAUGGCUAUGAGCCAAUUGUUAGACAUAAAAGAUGAGGAAUUAACAAGGGUAGAUAACGACGGAUAUACACAGUUGAUGUGUCUUAUGAGCAAUCCAGAAGAUUUGGCAAAGAAAAAAGCUUAUCUCGUGCCAUUGGUAGAAAGAUUAAGUAAUUUUAAAGAUGCCUUGUCGAGGAGAAACAAUCGUGGCGAGGAUGCACUUUAUUUGGCAGCAAUUUGUUGUCCGGAAAUGCCAUACAUCGCUGGUUAUCUCGCAGCUACUAUGCUUCAAAAAGGAAUCGACAUAAAUCAAAAUCUUUAUCAUACUCGUGGUGACACCUUGAUACAUUCAGUGUCAGCAAGAGGAGACUCUCACGGGGAAGUUUUGGCCGAAUUAUUGGCACUAAAAACUAGUCAAGGAUACGCUGUUUUUGAUCUCUCCAAAUGCAACUACGAUGGAAGAACCGCUUUACACGUAGCGGUGGAGUCCCACGACCCUACGGGAAGAAAUAUCAAGGCCGUUGCCACGGUUCGUUUACUGUUAGACAAUGGAGCGGAUUUAAACAUAAAAGAUACUAAAAGUGGCGACACAGCCUUGCACAUGGCUGCCGGUCUCAGUUGUGACCCGGCACUCGUCAAGGUUUUGUUAAGCAAAGCUGUUUCCGGCACGGUGAACGCAACAAAUUACAAUUACAAUACCCCGUUGCAUAUGGCUGCCGUUUGUAACACGGUCCCUUUGGAAAGGCAAAAGGAAGUAUGCUGGCUCUUGACCCAGGCAGGAGGGCAAACUAACAUUCACAAUAAGCAAGGGAAGACACCGCUCGCUUUGGUCUCGACCGAAAGGAAGGACCUCAUCAGGCGAAUCUUUUAUAAGAAAUUUUGAUACUCGCAACGUGUGUCAGGAUUUUGAAAAAGCACCACCACCAUCAUCACCACCACCACCACCAACCCACUCUCGCCCCCCCCAUGGAGGAGACUGACGACACUUUACUUAUCUUUUCUUCUUCUCUUUUUCUUUUUUUUUUUCUCUUUUCCUUUUUUUUCUCUUUUGGU